UUCAGUGGAUGCGAUGUGGACAGUGGCACGAUUAUGGCUUAUCUGUUUCAGCGUCUGGCUCCCAGUUCGGCUGCACGGAGCCCUGAUUGUCUCCAGGAGAGAUGUUUCAAGUCAGGAAAGAAGCUCUGGACCAAUGGGUAAAGUGGAGGUGUACAGUGUAACGGUGGACUGCACGGUUACUUCACGUUUCGCUCACACCAUCAUGACGUCCAAGGCCCGAAACAUGGCCAACAGCUCACAGGAAAUCUUCUUUGAAGUGGAGCUGCCCAAGACUGCGUUCAUCACCAACUUCAGCAUGGAAAUCGAUGGUAAACUCUAUGUUGGAGAAGUAAAAGAAAAAGAAAAAGCAAAGAAACAGUACGAUAAAGCUGUCUCUUCUGGACAGACUGCUGGAAUAGUCAAGGCUGCAGGGAGGAAGAUGGAGCUAUUUGCAGUGUCUGUCAACAUUGCAGCUUCAAGUUAUGUUGUGUUUACACUCACUUACGAGGAACUUCUGCAGAGAAAACAUGGCAAAUAUGAGAUCCUGACACAAGUAAAACCAAAGCAAGUUGUCCAGGAGUUUAAGAUAGUGGCAAACAUUUUUGAGCCACAGGGCCUUGCAUUUGUUGAGACAGAGGCAACAUUCUUGUCCAAUGACCUGCUCCCUCUGGUGGAGAAAGUUGUCACUGACAAAAAGGCACGUAUUUCAUUCUCGCCAACAGUGGAACAGCAAAGGAGUUGUGCAGAAUGUGUGGAAUCUGUCAUUAAUGGAGAUUUCAUUAUCAAAUAUGAUGUAAAACGAGAAAAGGAUUUGGGGGACAUUCAGAUUGUCAAUGGAUACUUUGUGCAUUUUUUUGCCCCUCCUGACCUUCCCAGAAUCCCAGUCAAUGUGGUGUUUGUCAUUGACAGAAGUGGCUCAAUGAGUGGAUUAAAGAUGGAACAGACCAGACAAGCACUCAGUGCCAUUUUGAAUGACCUCCAUCAAGAAGACCACUUCGCUUUAAUAACAUUUGAUCAUAAUAUUAAUAAGUGGAAAAAAUACCUCACCAAGGCAACUCAGAAGAAUAUCACUAAUGCCCAGAGUUUUGUGAGCAAGAUAGUGGACAAUGGCUCCACUGACAUACACCGCGCUCUGCAGGAGGCUGUGGGCUUGUUGAAGGACAGCCGUGAGAAAAACACUGUUCCAGAAAAAAGUACAGAUAUGAUAAUUUUACUCACUGAUGGAAAUCCAAACCAUGGAGUCAGUAGCAUCCCUGUGAUACAGAAAAAUAUUAAGGCUGCCAUUGCUGGGAACAUGUCACUGUUUUGUCUUGGGUUUGGGAAUGAUGUGGAUUAUUCUUUCCUGGAUGUAAUGGCAAGGGAGAAUUUGGGAGUGGCACGUAGGAUCUUUGAAGGCUCAGAUGCAGCUCUUCAAGUUCAGGGAUUCUAUGAAGAGAUUUCAAGUCCGCUGCUGUUAGACAUCGGCCUGAGAUAUUCUGACAAUGCUGUGAUGACUCAAAACCACUUCAGACACUUAUUCGCUGGGUCGGAGAUUGUUGUGGCUGGCAAACUUCCUGAUGACAAUAUCAAUAAUUUGUUGGUGGAGGUGUCUGCCCAAGGGCCCAGUAACGACUUUCAGGUCAAAGGUCAGCCUAAUGCUGAGGAAUGGGAUGUAAUCUACCCAGAUGAGGAAUACAUCUUUGGGAAUUUCACUGAGCGCCUGUGGGCCUAUCUCACCAUCCAACAGCUUUUGGAAAAGAGUAACAUUGGUGAUCCACUGGAGAAGGAAGAGAACAAAGCAAAGGCCCUGGACAUGUCCCUGAAAUACAGCUUUGUCACUCCUCUCUCCUCCAUGGUCGUCACCAAGCCCCAAACCAAAGACGAACCCAACACACUGGUGGCAGAUAAAUUCACUGAAGAUCAGAGGCAACAAGCUGAGAGGGCCUCUGGUGCGGCAGCUGCACCUUCCCGUUCUGGGCAUUGGUCCAUGGCCCCAACCGGCAAAAGAGCAAAAGGACUAAGUGGAAGAAGCAGAAUAGGGAGUUUGCGAGCAGAUGCGGAUGGAGACCCACACUUCAUGAUCGAGCUGCCUGAAAGAGAAGAUGCUCUGUGCUUUGACAUCAAUGAUAAACCAGGAACAAUUUUCAACCUAGUGAGAGAUCCUACAUCAGGAUUCGUUGUCAAUGGAGAGAUCAUAGGAAAACAUGUUGCUGGAGAUGAAGCUAACAUGAAAACCUACUUUGGUCGAUUUGGCAUUACCCAUAGUUCUUUGGGAGUAAGGCUUGAGGUGAGCACUCAGAACAUCACCGUGACCCAAGACGGGGAGCACAUUCUUCUUUUCUGGUCCAAUGCAACGACAGUCAAAGGGAUCAAUUUAGAAAUCAAACUGACCAAAAAUUGUAGCCUUAUGGUGACGAUAAGGCAUGCUGUUAAGUUCAUGGUAAUUAAACAUACAAAGAUCUGGAAGAGACGCCACAAUCAGCAAGAAUAUUUGGGCUUCUACAACCUGGACAGUCAUCACCUUUCUCCUUCAGUUCAUGGUCUGCUGGGUCAGUUUUAUCAUGGAGUAAGUUUUGAGCUGGCACAGCCAGAUCGAGGAGAGGGUACCAUGUUUGUGAAAGGACAAGAACUCAGUGUCACCAGACACUGGCAGAAGGACUUCAGUCUGGACGUGAUAUCAGGAAAAAGUAUUGGGUGCUGGUUUGUAGGAAACAAUGGCACAGGGCUCAUAGAUGGAGCAGCUUCUGACUACAUUGUGCCAAGUCUCUUUGAGAAUUUCUAGGAACAGAUAGGAAAUAUAGUUCAAAAUUGAUCAAAUGAAUAAUAAUCAUCAUCACAUUUAGGCUGGGCACUGUUAAACUAAUCUCCACAAGGCUAUCCAAAAAGUUCUGCACAGAAAACAUUCAGGUGGGUCCUGUGAGUAACAAUCUGCUGUACCUACUAAACAGAAGAGCUGUGCAAUCAAUUCAUUUAACUCAAAUUGAGACCAAAAUAUUCCAAAAUGUAAAUGAGAUCAGCUUAAUUGACAUGUCUGUAGCCAAUACUCUUGUCAGCAAAACCUUAAGAUUUGGCGCAGAGUGUGGACUUUUGGAAGCAGGAUUUUAACGUUUUUGUGUUAAAUGGCACAAAUCUGGGAAGUCUUGUAAGUUCAUCAAAUUAAACGCUGAUAUUGUGAUCAAUCAAAAAAAAAACUAAACAAAAAAACCCCAGAACUUUUUUUUAAUGUAUAUAAUCCUAGUCGGCUUGCUACUCUAAGUUAUAUAGCCAACCAAAGAAAGCUGAGUGGUAUGCAGUCCUUGUUGCUGUACUUUAAAGAGAAGAUAUUACUUAAAGAAUGUAAUACAUAGUACAGAGUACACUAUAGACUACAGUGUGUGUGUGAAAGGGGUAAAAGAUUGUCAAGUUUGUUGUAUUUUUUCUAAAACAAUACAAUUUCAUUAAACUCUAUUUUUGUAUUUUGAACGUAAUAAAAUAGUUUUAAAACAUAAA